CCGCUAAUAACGAUCAUUAUUUAAUCGGUAAGAUCUAGUGAUUCCUCGUGCAAGUGUACACAACUUCAUUGUGGCUCCAGUGUUUUAUCUAGCGUUAGGUGUAAUUUGUAUUGCCUCUUUAGGCGGUUCGACGGCACAAACGAGCACGACAAAGCCGUCAAAAUGUUUAAAAAUCAUUUAGAAAUGAUUGGGAGAAAUGAGACGCCAACGAAGAAGGCCAGGUUUUGGCAGUCUUACGUACGAUCUCUAAAAGGAUCAGAAGACAUUAGGGCUGAAGAGAGAUACAGGCCAAGCCGCCGCAGCGUUUUCCCUGAGCUCCUCUCAACCUACCCCUACAGCAAAUCCAUCUACGACGACCCCGUUGGUGCUGCAGAGAGGAUCACAGUCCCUGGAUACCGUUACCUGCCUGUCCACCGUGAAGUCUACGGCUACUCCCCGAGGCCUAUCUACGCGCACAACUACCCUCGCUCCCUCGAAGCUUACAGGCCAAUCUACCACGUGCCCAGACGCACCCGACGAGGCGUAGACCCCUUCGACUCGCACAAGGCUUGGCAAGACCAUUUGGACAGACUGGCCGCUAUCGACCGUCUGUACCCAUCCCGUUACGGACUCUACCUGAAGGACAGGGCUUACCCCAUCACUGACCUGAGCGCCCCCAUUGUCGACCCCUUGAACCCCAAGAGCCUUAAAGGCAUCGAAUAUGAACCCGACAACAAACCCCACUGGGGAACAGGAUCUUGGCCAUCGCGGUUGUCGGAUGAGUUCGCUAAGGAUCCAUUUUUCGCUGAUGCCGAAAAAUGGGCAGGUUUCGAUCGGUCCCUACGAGGAAAAUCGCCUACACCCGUGAAGCCCCGGAUAAGUCCCACUCGCGACUGCGAGGUUGCUUUUGAUUCAGAUGGUGCCCCGCUGUACAAUGCUGGUGGACUAAGGCGCAGGCCGUGGGCUAACAUUUUCAACCCAAGCCCAUCUCUGCCCAUUACCGCGAUCACGAGGGAUCCUUUCUGGUACGAUUGGCCUGAGCUGAGGCCCAUGGCGAGAUGGGACCGCAGCCCUUCCUACAUCCGCGACUCCUACUUGUCUCCAGUGAAACGCACCUUCCUUUGGGACAAACAUCCCAUCAGGCCCUUAGAUUUAAUGAUGGCUGACAUGUUCACUGUGGACGAUCUAAGCAAGACAAUGCCCUUUGUUCGUAGUCUAUAGAUUGUGAACAUGGGUAUAUUUCAUAGCUACUGCUUUUUAACGGCCGGUCAACGAAGCCACUAUUUAAUGUCGUGUUUAAAUAUUGUGAACACAAAGCACGAAAAAUUGUUACACCAAACAGAUAAUUUCCAUCCAAAAUAUUUUAAUAUCAAAGACUGCAAUAACAUAGUUACUGCCACAGUCACAAACUUUGUUAAGUAAUUGUUUUUAUUAUAUUUAAAUAUUUUUAUGUACUACAAAACCCAAAAAAAUAAUAAAAGUUGAAUAUAACGA